ACUACUUCUUAAUCUUCCACAACUGUAGCUAAAUAACCGCCAAUUACACAUCGACACGUGUCCUGCUUUUACUUACUUUUUUUUCCUUGAUCGAUAGGGCCAGAACGACGUCGUUCUCCAUUCAUCUCUGUUCUCAUGAACCCUAAGCUGGCAAUCACGUGUUUGCUCUCCCCUUCUACCCACUCCAUCGUACCAUUCAUCAUCUUCCGUUUCUCUUCCGCCUCCAUUCGUGCAUAACUUUUCUUUGAUUUGUCUCUUCUACGGCAGUACCAACGUCACAUAUAUCACGCGUUCCAGCCAAGAUCGACGUCACCCUGACCAGAAGAUCUGCUUUCCACGAUCUACGGCUUCUUCUCAUGGCUUCUCCGGUGAUGGCUUUCACGUCAACCCUUCAACCAUUUCGUGGCUGGGACAGAAUUGCAGAGAAACUGAGUUUCAUGUUGGUCUUUGGAGAUUUAGUGUGGAUUGGUAUGACUCAAUGCAGGAAGAGAACUGUUCAAAAAAUGUGGAAGUCUGUGAUACAUGGCAAGUCCUUGCAGUCCUUGGCAGGUAUUGUUUUUCAAUGCAGACGCUUAAGGAUGAUUGAGGGGAGCUCAAAGUUGCAAAGCCCUCUCUCAGUCCUUCUCUCCCUUGAUUUCCUUCUAUAUGUAUAUAUGUUAUCCCAGAAGAUUUCUUAUAACUGGUGCAUGUAUUUAUGUAAACUCAUACUCACAACAUCUUUGGAAGAAAAUGAUUGUGAAUAUAACCUGAAGGAAACCAAUUCAAUGAUUUGAAAGGCUUUAGUUAAAUUACUUAA